AUGGCCCCGGGGAUGUCGGGCCGCGGCGGCGCCGCCCUGCUCUGCCUCUCGGCGCUGCUCGCCCACGCAUCGGGCCGUUCCCACCCGGCCAGUCCCAGUCCCCCAGGGUCGCAGGCUAGCCCGGUGCUCCCUGUCAGCUACCGCCUGUCCCACACGCGGCUGGCCUUCUUCCUGCGGGAGACUCGCCCUCCAUCGCCUGCCGUGGCCAACGGUUCCCUGCAGCGCUCGGAGCCCUUCGUGGUGUUCCAGACCAAGGAGCUGCCGGUCCUCAACGUGUCCCUGGGACCCUUCAGCACCAGCCAGGCGGUGGCACGGGAGCUGCUGCAGCCAUCCAGCACCCUGGACAUCCCGGAGCGCCUGACGGUCAACUGGAAGGUGCGCGCUUUCAUCGUGCGCGCCCGCGUGCCCGCCUCGGCGCCCGUGGCGCAGGUGCUCUUCUACGUGGCCGGCCGGGACUGGGAUGACUUCGGGGUCACCGAGCGGCUGCCCUGCGUCCGUCUGCACGCCUUCCGGGACGCACGCGAGGUCAAGAGCUCCUGUCGCCUCCGCGGAGGCCUGGCCACCUGUCUGGUGCGCGCCGAGCUGCCCCUGGCUUGGUUCGGGCCCCCAGCCCCGGCGGUGCCUGCCAGCGCCCGCCGCAAGUCCCCGGACGGCCUGGAACCCGAGACGGCGGCGGAGAGCCAGCAGGCCGAGCUCUAUUACACCCUGCACGCCCCGGAUGCGGCGGGAGGCUGCGGGGGCGCAAGGCGGGGCCCGGGAUCCGGGGCAGGGGCGCGCGCUGAGAGCCCCACGCAGCACCCGCUCCUGCGCAUCGGCAGCAUCAGCCUGUUCCGCCCGCCUCCCCGGAGGACCGUGCAGGAGCACCGACUGGACAGUAACCUGAUGAUCCGACUGCCGGAUCGGCCACUCAAGCCUGGCGAGGUGCUCAGCAUCCUCCUCUACCUGGCGCCCAACUCCUCAGCGCCCGCCAGCCCCAGCGUGGAGCAUUUCACACUCAGGGUGAAGGCCAAGAAGGGUGUGACCCUUCUAGGCACCAAGUCUCGGAGUGGUCAGUGGCAUGUGACCUCAGAGCUGCUGACCGGGGCAAAGCACUCAACAGCCACUGUAGAUGUAGCCUGGGCCCAGGGCACACCCCUGCCACCCUGGGAAGGCCAGGGGCCUCUGGAGAUCCUGCAGCUGGACUUUGAGAUGGAAAACUUCACCAGCCAGUCAGUCAAGCGGCGGAUCAUGUGGCACAUCGACUACCGAGGUCAUGGUUCCCUGCCUGACCUGGAGAGAGCAGUCACUGAGCUGACGGUCAUCCAGAGGGAUGUGCAAGCCAUCCUGCCCCUGGCCAUGGACACAGAGAUCAUCAACACAGCCAUCCUGACGGGCCGCACCGUAGCCAUCCCUGUCAAGGUCAUUGCCAUUGAGGUGACUGGCCUUGUCCUAGAUGUCUCUGCCCUGGUGGAGUGCGAAUCUGACAAUGAAGACAUCAUCAAGGUGUCCAGCAGCUGUGACUAUGUGUUUGUGAGUGGAAAGGAGUCCCGGGGAUCCAUGAACGCCAGAGUCACCUUUCGCUACGACGUUCUCAGUGCUCCUCUGGAGAUGACAGUCUGGGUCCCCAAGCUGCCCCUGGACAUUGAGCUCUCAGACGCUCACCUUAGCCAAGUGAAAGGCUGGAGAGUGCCCAUCCUCCCCGACCGCAGGUCAGCCCGAGAGAGUGAGGAUGAGGACGAGGAGGAGGAGGAGCGGCGGCAGAGCGCCAGCCGCGGCUGCACUCUGCAGUACCAGCAUGCCACGCUGCAGGUGUUCACCCAGUUCCAUACCACAUCCUCUGAGGGCACCGAUCAGGUAGUCACCAUGCUGGGCCCGGACUGGCUGGUGGAGGUCACAGACCUGGUCAGUGAUUUCAUGCGGAUAGGCGACCCAAGAGUGGCACACCUGGUGGACAGCAGCACCCUGGCGGGCCUGGAGCCAGGCACUACCCCCUUCAAGGUGGUGUCCCCGUUGACGGAGGCUGUGCUGGGGGAGACAAUGCUGACGGUGACGGAGGAGAAGGUGAGCAUCACACAGCUUCAGGCCCAGGUGGUGGCCAGCCUGGCCCUCUCCCUACGGCCCAGCCCUGGGAGCAGCCAUACCAUCCUGGCCACCACAGCCGCACAGCAGACCCUCAGCUUCCUCAAGCAGGAAGCCCUCCUGAGUCUCUGGAUAUCUUACAGUGAUGGUACCACAGCUCCACUCUCCCUUUACAGCCCCCGGGACUAUGGGCUGCUGGUGAGUAGUCUGGAUGAGCGAGUGGCCACCGUGAUUCAGGACCGAGCCUUCCCGUUGGUGGUGGCCGAGGCCGAGGGGACAGGGGAGCUGCUCCGGGCAGAACUCACCAUCGCCGAGAGCUGCCAGAAAACCAAACGCAAGAGCGUGUUGGCCACCACCCCCGUGGGGUUGCGUGUGCACUUCGGGCGGGAGGAGGAGGACCCUACAUAUGACUACCCCGGCCCCAGCCAGCCUGGGCCUGGUGGGGGUGAGGACGAAGCCCGGGGAGCUGGUCCUCUGGGCACAGCGGUGCCUGCCCUGGAGGCCCCUGGCCUGGGCACUUCCAACCCUGCAGCAUUACCCACGGAAGACUUCUUGCCACUGCCCACGGGGUUCCUGCAGAUGCCCCGGGGCCUGACAGACCUGGAGAUCGGCAUGUACGCACUGUUGGGUGUCUUCUGCCUGGCCAUCCUUGUCUUCCUCAUCAACUGCAUUGUCUUUGUGCUGCGUUACCGGCACAAGCGCAUUCCCCCCGAGGGCCAGACCAGCAUGGACCACUCUCACCACUGGGUGUUCCUGGGUAACGGGCAGCCUCUCCGGGUCCAAGGUGAGCUCUCGCCACCCACGGGUAACCCGCUGGAAACCGUGCCCGCUUGCUGCCAUGGUGACCACCACAGCAGCGGCAGCUCCCAGACCAGCGUGCAGAGCCAGGUGCAUGGGCGUGGUGACGGCUCUUCGGGGGGCUCUGCCCGGGACCAAGCAGAGGACCCUGCCAGCUCACCCACCUCCAAGCGCAAGAGGGUCAAGUUCACCACGUUUACCACACUGCCCUCAGAGGAGCUGGCCUAUGACUCCGUACCUGCUGGGGAAGAGGAGGAAGAGGAGGAGGAAGAAGACCUAGGCUGGAGCUGCCCCGAUGUGACAGGCACUGCGCGGCCCACGCCUCCCCCAGACCUGCACAAUUACAUGCGCAGAAUCAAAGAGAUUGCAUAGAAGGGACAUCCGGGGUGCUAUGGACACCC